AUGUUCAAGAAGUACUUCGGCCUUCGAGGCCAGGCACUCAAUUAUGCCAUCAGCACGAUUGCAGGAACUGACUUCCUGCUCUUCGGUUACGACCAAGGUGUUAUGGGUGGCAUCCUGACAAUGGCCCCCUUCAUGGAUCAGUUUCCUGAUAUGCAUAGCGAGGACCCCAGCGUAUCUGCAGCUGUUAGAAAGGACCGCUCCAAUUACCAGGGUAUCGCAGUGUCUUCUUACAACCUGGGCUGCUUCUUUGGCGCCCUCAUCACCAUCUUUAUUGGAAACAAACUUGGUCGCAGAAAGAUGAUUAUGCUCGGCACUACUAUCAUGGUCAUUGGGGCUGCUCUUCAGGCUUCCGCAUACUCUCUGGAACACUUUAUUAUUGGAAGAAUCAUCACUGGGCUUGGUAAUGGCGGCAACACUUCUACUGUCCCUAUGUGGCAGUCCGAAACCUGCUCUGCUCACAAGCGCGGAAAACUCGUCAUGAUAGAGGGCGCUCUCAUUACGCUUGGUAUCACAAUAUCGUACUGGGUAGAUUAUGGCAUGUACUUUGCCCAAGAUACCUCUGCCUGCUGGCGAUUCCCAAUGGCCUUCCAGAUUGUCUUUUGUCUCGUCAUCAUGGGAACUGUUAUGAACCUGCCUGAAUCUCCUCGCUGGCUGGUGCUCAAGGGACGUGAUGAGGAUGCAAGGGAAGUUAUCGCUGCCAUCGCCGAUCAGGAUGUGCAGAGUAAAGACGUCGACAAUGAAUUCAGGGCUAUCAAAGAGACUGCAACCGAGAUGAGCAAGGGCACAUUCUCAGACCUAUUCUCUCGAAACCACAAUAAGAACCUCCACCGUACUGUCAUCGCCUAUGUCAACCAAAUGUUCCAACAGAUUUCCGGCAUUAACCUGAUCACUUACUACGCCGCAAGUAUCUACUCCGGACUCGGUAUGACAGGUCAUAUGCCUCUCCUCAUGGCGGCUCUGAAUGGUACCGAGUACUUCUUAGCCUCUCUCCCCGCGAUUUGGCUGGUCGAACGUGUCGGACGCCGAAAACUCAUGAUUUUUGGUGCUGCCGGUCAAUGUGCAUCAAUGGCUAUUCUUGCCGGUGUUGGUUCUAGCGAUGCUAGGGCGUGCCAGAUUGUGGGCAUUGUUUUCCUCUUCGUCUUUAACUCCUUCUUCGCCGUUGGCUGGCUUGGAAUGACAUGGUUGUACCCUGCCGAGAUCACACCUCUUCGAAUCCGUGCUCCUGCUAACGCUCUGGCGACGUCGAGUAACUGGAUCUUCAACUGGUUGGUUGUUAUGAUAACCCCUCCAGCUUUCCAGAACAUUGGGUCGAACACAUAUAUUAUCUUUGCCGUUAUCAACGCCAUCAUGGUUCCUUCUGUUUACUUCUUCUUCCCCGAGACAGCAUAUCGAUCGCUAGAGGAGAUGGACACCAUCUUCCAAAAGGUUGGACACGGAUUCAAGGGUGCUCUCGAUGUUGUCAAACAGGCUAAGAUAGAACCCCGACGAUACGAUAACAACGGAAAGCUUCUCAUUGCCGUGGAGGAGAUUGAUGAGAAGGCUCAUGUCGAGCAUCGAAGUGGAAGCCUGAGCGGCAACAGUGGUGAACACCCUAAUGCUGCCAUGUUUACAUCGCACGAUGAAGAAAACCAACGUCGAGAGAGCUGA